AUGUCGAUCGAGCUGGAUGACAUGGCGUCAAAACAAGAAAACCCUCCCAAUGUUGCCGUUAUGGCUCCUUCAUCUAAUUCCAUCGAUAACCGUGCAAUGUGCACAGUAAAGCGAAUGUUAGUCGUUUUAAAUGCCAUUAUUGUUAUAAUCCUUGCCAUCGGCUUGGUUGUUGUAUCACUAAGGGCAAGGCUGAUAAACGUCAUCGCAGAAGAUGAAAAACCUACUGGGCCAAACCCUACUCUGAUCCAACCUCUUGUGAAUAACCAAUGGGUCUUUCAUACCAAUCAGAUUACUGAGAAGAUCGGUAACCGAACCUACACAGUAAACACGAUCAAUGGAAACAUAAAAGGGCCAGCUAUUCACGUAAGAAACGGUGACCAACUUAAAGUCAGAGCAACUAACGGAAUCGUAGGCGCUCAAUUAUCCGUUCACUGGCACGGAUUUAACAUGAAAAACGCUCAAGUUUUUGAUGGAGUGGUAGGUCUUACGCAGUGUGCCAUAUCCCCUGGAAACUCGUUCCUGUACGAUUGGAAGGUGAACGAACAGCCCGGUACCUAUUGGUAUCACACACAUGGGAAUGAAGUGGAAGCUUCCGGUCAAGACUUCAUCCGCGGGCCACUUAUCGUCCAUGACGAACAUGCACCGUAUCGCAUACCUACAUCUGAAUACCAGUUUGGAACUGAAACUAUUCUUUUUUACGUUGACCUUUAUCCAAACUAUAAUGGUUGGGACUUUCAUGACAUGUCACCAGACGAGGACAGUAUAGAAGGCAAUUCGAUUACCACACCAGGAUGGGCAGGCGGUGUCUUGAACGGCGAGCAUGACCCGGAAUUCAAAGUGAAGAAUGGCGAACACACAUUUCGAAUCAUCAAUGGUGGAUUUAAAAAUCCCUACUUCUUUAGUAUCGACGGAUACAAUUUGACGGUGGUUGCUACUGAUGGGUACCCAGUGAAGCCUUAUAAAACUGAAGUGUUGCAGAUCGGGAUUGCGGAGAGAUAUGAUGUUAAUAUCACUUUCAACAUUGAUACUGACACAGAUGUGACGUGGAUAAGGGCAAUGACUCCUUCAAAGAACCAGAAGAAAGGAAUGGCGAGUGUCCUGCGAAUAAGGAGAGAUGAUUCAAUUCCUUUCAGCACAGGUGUCCCCCCUAACAAAGACAUGAAAGCAUUCAUGAUAAAAGCGUGGAGUAUCCUCAAUUGUAAAUUUUACAAACCUCCAGAGGAUUACAAAUGCCAUCCUGUCACAGAACUUGAACCCAAAAUAAAAUGGAAAUUAUCGGAUGAAUAUGAAUAUCACACGGUCGACAUUAUAGGCUAUUUCUUUUUGUCCAUUGAUAACAAGACAUAUACACAAAAUCUUAUUCCAAAAAAAGCAGUUAUCAAGAGAUCAACGGAAAACGACAAAAAUCCAAAUACUAAUAUGAAUAUAUUAGACUUAAAACACAAUAAAUCCGUCACCAUUGUGAUCAGAAACAGGUCCUUUAUGAACCACCCAAUGCAUCUGCAUGGACAUCAUUACGAAGUUCUUGAUAUCGCUUUAAGAAAAGUUAAAAAUUGUGACAGGGAAUUAUGUCCAUUACUUGAUCUAAACACAGAUUUGUCGCAGCCAAUAGAUGAACUGAUGAAAAGGGAAAAACGAGGCGUCCUAAAGGAUACUGUUAUCUUGCCUCCUGGUGGAGCAGUUGCUUUGAGGAUCCAAUCUGAUAACCCUGGCGUAUGGUUCUUUCAUUGUCAUAUCCAUGACCAUCUUCUAUCUGGACUCGCUUUAGCACUCAACGAAAGAAACUACAUGUUUUCCCAAACAAAAUUUCCUAAAGACUACCCGUCUUGUGUCUACUCCGGAAAUUUGCAGUUUCUCCGAACGGCAACAUGUGACUGCGAUAAAGAUGACGAACAAUUCAUGAAAUCUUUCGAAAAUACUGUCAAACCUACUCUCAAAAAGAAUGGGAAAAGAGCGCUCCAGAUGAAGUGCAGUACAGCUAGUGGGUGCAAGGUACAAGGACAUUGACAAAGAAAGUAAGAAUAUGAAUGACAAAUAAGAAAUGGUCUGUAUUUGUUUUUAAUUUUUAGCAGUGUUCCUUAGUGCACGUCAACAAAACCCUAAAUCGACAAACAGCUCUUAUAGCUAAAAUAUUAAUUACGGAUAUUUCAAAUAAGGUUUUUAGAUACUUUUACGCAUGCCAUUAAGACCUGCAACUUUUCGAUCGCUGAGUUUUGAUAGUCUUUUAUCGUUAUUUUUUCAUAUCUUUUUAAAAAAUUAUUACAAAACAAAACGAAAAAGUUUCACUUUUUAGAGCAAAUCAAAUAAUUAUGGUUAUUUUUACUACUAUUAGUUUUUUAUAUUCUUGCGUUUGAUAAUUUUUU